AAAGGCUUUUGCUUUUUCAAUCGGAAAGCAGAACCUUUUCUUUCAUCGCUUCGAGUAACAGUCUCGAUAUUAAAUCGUUCAACAUGUUCAAGCUGUGCAUUCUCUCCGUUCUCCUAACUAUCGUAUACGCUGCACCUGCACCUGCGCCAGGAGCGGUUCUUGCGAGAGUUCCAGCGCCCAUCGUGACAGCGAGUAGCAGCCAAGUGGUCACUAGAAAUUACAACACGCUCGCCGCAGCUCCAUUAGCUCCGAUCGCCUACGCCGCGUCACCUCUAGCAGCUUACAGCACUCACGCCGUUGCACCACUUGCACCUGCUGCAUACGCAGGAUACGCUGCCUAUUCUGCACCACUUUUGCUUUAAUCCAUCGCGAACCAGGCUCGAUCCGCUCGAUGCUUCUUGAAUCUCUAUCGCAAAUUUCUAUGGCAAAACGAUCGAUUGACUGU